AUGAGCGACGCAGAUUCUUUCACCGAAGUGGCGAGGCGAGCUUCCAGAUACGAUGGAGAUGCGAAAGCUGCGCGUACGGAUGGGCACCAUGCGGACCCUGCAAAGGUGCAGAAGGGCGCCGAUGCAGCACUUAAUCUGAUCGGUGGAGCUGGGAUUGUACGUCAAGAGAUAGACGUCGAAACGAACAAGCGACUGCUACGAAAGAUCGACCUACACGUUAUGCCUUUGAUAUGCAUAGUGUAUUUUCUGCAGUACAUUGACAAGACGGCUAUCUCGUACGCAAGUGUGACUGGAAUCAUCGAAAGCACGCACUUGUACGGCAACCAGUUCAACUGGGUGGCAUCUAUCUUCUUCUUUGGCCAACUCGCGUUCGAAUUUCCAACCAUCCGCCUGAUACAGCUCUUCCCCCUCGCACGCUACGUCUCCGUCAACGUAACCAUCUGGGGUGCUCUCCUCGCCUCUCUCGCCGCCUGCAAGUCAUAUACUUCCCUCCUAGUAUGCCGGUUCCUGCUUGGUGCAGCAGAGGCGGUCGUCGUCCCCGCAUGGGUAAUCUUCACAUCCCAAUGGUACACAAAGAACGAACAAGCCUUCCGCGUCGGCAUCUGGUUUUCAACCUGCGGCGCCGCCCAAAUGUUCGGCGGCUACUUCGCCUACGGCAUUUCCAAGCACGUCGGCAGUGAUCCCUCCGCUGCACUCCGAGGUUGGCAGAUAAUCUUCCUCUUCCUCGGGCUACUGACCGCCUGCGUCGGCAUCGCGUUCUGGUUCGUCUUCCCGGACUCACCAGAGCACGCUCGAUUCCUCACACAAGAAGAGAAGACUGCCCACAUCGAAAGGAUUCGUGGGAACGAACAGGGCAUCGGAAGCCGCACAUUCAAAUGGAAUCAGUUUUUGGAAGCUUUGACAGACCCCAUGACCUGGCUCUACGCCUUCUGGAUCUUCGCCGCCAACAUCCCAAACUCCAUCGCCACCUCCUUCGGCAACAUCCUCGUCAAAGGCAUGGGGUACACCUCACAACAAUCCCUCCUUCUCGUGACACCUUUAGGUGCUUACGAAAUUGUCGCGCUAGUUGGCCUGACCUGGAUUGCGAUGAAGAGAGAACAGCGGCUGUACGCGUGCAUUGCGGGACACGUGCCGGCGAUUGUGGGCGCUGUGUUAAUGGCGACGACAAGCAAGGCGCCUGCGCUGGUGGGGUAUUAUCUGAGUGGGGGGAUACCGAUUGGGUGGACGACAAUCUUGGGCUUGCAGGCGAGUAAUGUGGCGGGCAGCACGAAGAAGAUUACUGUUAGUGUCAUUGGGACGAUUGCGUAUACUGUUGGAAAUAUUAUAUCGCCCCACACAUUCCAGGCUCGCGAUGCGCCGCGCUAUCUGCCAGCGAAGAUUUCUAUUGUUAUUCUGUACUUUCUCAUUACGUGCGAUUUAAUACUGAUGCGGUGGGUGUUUGUAAGGAGGAAUAGACAGAGAGAUGAAGAGAGGGAAGCGAAGGGGGAUGCAUGGAAAGUUGAGGACAAUCACGAAUUUCUGGACUUGACGGACUUGGAGAACAGAGAGUUCAGAUAUGCUGUAUAGAGUGCUGUAGUAUCCUGC